CCUCCUGGAGUAAUAUGGGUCCUAAGACUUCCUCGGGCUUCUACAUUAGCAGAACCUCAGCUGCACUGCUGGCAUUGCUUGUGGCUGUGCUACUCCUGGCACUCACUGUACUAGGUGCCCUAUAUGCCAGGUCUGGGGCACCAGAUCUAGCGAUAGAAGCACCUGGCAUUAGCAGUGAUAUUGAUAAUGUCACCUCAUCUCUUACCUUCACCGGGGAUCCUACCCCUGAUCCCACAGAGCGCCCUGGUAUCUGGAACAACCUGCGCCUUCCCCACCAUUUAGUGCCAGUGCACUAUGAUCUGGAACUAUGGCCCAGAGUCAUUCCAGUAGAUAAUGAAUACCCACUGUCUGGACAGGUGAAUAUCACCAUAAAGUGCCUGGAGGGGACAGACAUUGUUCUGCUGCAUAGCUACAAACUGAACUUCUCCAGGGCUGAGCUAAAACUGCUGGGGAAGGAGGAGGAACAUUAUGAGAGUGUGGAAGGGAACAGCCAGCAGCUACAAGAAGGGAUCAGUACAGACACAGUAAAGAGGGGAAGCAAACCACCCCUGGUGGGGAAGAGUGUGAGGAUAAAGAGCAUGUGGCUGUCUGAGCUCCAUCAAUACCUGGUCCUGGAACUAGAUGGGCAGCUCGAAGCUGGGAGCCUUUACCUUUUAGAAUUUGAUUAUAAUGGCAUCCUGUGUGAAGGAGAGACCGGGCUCCAAUUCAUAAAGUACACUGACUUUAACGAGACCAAAGUCAUGUUUGUAUCCAAGCUGGAGCCCACCGGUGCACGUAAGGUCUAUCCCUGCUUUGAUGAGCCUGCUCUGAAAGCAACAUUUAAAACUAGAAUUGUUCACAACUCAAGCUAUGUGGCUCUUUCAAAUAUGGCUGAAAUAGCUGUGGCAGAAAGGCAAGAUGUUGAUGGAACUAUAUGGUCUGUUACCUCAUUCAACACCACGGUGAAAAUGUCAACCUAUAUAACUGCAUUUGUAGUUUGUGACUUUGAUUUUGUCAGCACAACUGAAAAGGGCAAGCAGAUUCGCAUUUGGGCCCGCAAAGAGGUAGUGCAGAAGGGAUAUGCUGACUUUGCUUUGAACAUUUUAGGCCCAAUCCUAUCAUAUAUGGAAAAUUUAUUAAAUAUCUCAUAUACACUACAAAAAACAGAUCUUGUUGCAAUACCUUUUGGGGAUGGUGCAAUGGAAAACUGGGGCUUAAUGACUUUUCAAGAGCCUUCUUUGAGUUACAAUCCUGAGGAAAGAUUCAGCACACUUAAAGCAUAUAUUUGCCUGAUUGUUUCACAUGAGAUAGGACACCAGUGGUUUGGAAACCUUGUUACCAUGAAAUGGUGGAAUGAUAUUUGGCUGAAUGAAGGUUUUGCAUCUUACAUGGAAUACGUUGGUGCUAGCUUUAUUGACCCCAGAUUAAAACUGAACGAAUUAUUUAUCGUGCAUAGCUUACAACUCAUGUUUGAAAGAGACAAACUGGAAGUUUCUCGGCCUUUGUCUGUGGAGAAGCAAUUUAUUAAGAAUGGUGAUAACAUAUUGCCAUUAUUUGAUGAGGUCACUUACAGCAAGGGAGCUGCUAUGAUUCGAAUGGUAACCAACUUUCUAACUGAAAAGCUGUUUAACAAAGGGAUAAGCUCAUACUUGAAGACAUUUUCAUUCUCAAAUGCUGACCAAGAUGAUCUAUGGAAUUCUUUGCAAAUGGUUAUAGAUGACCAGGAUGAAGUGGUGCUACCAGCAUCAUUGAAGCAGAUAAUGGACUCCUGGACGUGGAAAAAAGGGCUACCAUUUAUAACAUUAAAUACGACAACUGGUGUGAUGACCCAAAGCAACCUUGUGCCGGAUACCGCAGAUAAUCAUACGUGGAUUGUUCCUGUCACUUGGAUGAAAAAUGGACUGCAGCAGCCAACAUUCUGGCUUGACAACAGGGCUAAAAAUGUCCCAGAAAUGAAGAUUUCAUCCGAUAAAGAUUGGAUUAUUUUAAAUGUAAAUAUAACUGGAUAUUACAGGGUAGAUUAUGAUGAAAAAAACUGGAACCGUUUGGCACAGCUUCUUGAGAAAGAUCCAAAGGUUCUUCCAGUUGUUAAUAGAGUGCAGUUGCUUGAAGAUGCAUUUGUGUUGGCAAACUUCGGACACAUUGAAUAUGAAACUGCGCUAAAUUUAACAAAAUAUCUUGACAACGAAGAUGAAAUAAUUGUGUGGUAUACAGUAGUGAAGUACAUAUUGUCCUUAGACAAACCCUUAGUUACAUAUAGCUCCUUCCCACUGAUAAAGAAAUAUAUCUUAAAACGAAUUAAACCAAUAUUCCAUCACUUUUCAAGUGUGAUUCGCAGAAAUGUUGAGGAAACAGCAGAUGACUAUUUUAUACAUAAGUGCAUCAACACACUUUUUAAAGCAGCAUGCACCUUUGGAUUACAAGAAUGCCUGGAUUUGUCAAAAGAAUUGUAUGCCAAGUGGAUAAAUAACCCAUCCAAUAACACAAUACCAGAAUCAAUUAGAUGGUCAGUCUAUUGCUAUGCCAUUGCAGAGGGUGGGGAAGAGGAAUGGGAGUUUGCAUGGAAAAAGUAUAACACAUCAAACACUGAUGAUGUUCAAGAGACAGACCGUUUAUUGCAUGGCUUGAGCUGUACAAAGGAACCAUGGAUACUUAAUCGUUUUCUACAGAACAUCAUGGAAAUAGAAAGUCCAGAUCACAUUGUAUUGGAUGUCUUACAGAAUGUUAUAAAAAAUGAAAUAGGAAGACACAUUGCAUGGGAAUUUAUGAAAGAAAAUUGGGAACGUAUCAAUGCUCUGGUUGCAGACAAUAAGGAACAUGUGUACGGUGCAAUAUUCUCAACUUUGGGAAGGAAAGCUACUUCCGAUUUGCUGUUUCAAGAUAUGAAAUUGUUCAUCAAUAGUGCAAUGAAUUCGACUGAAAGUAAUGAUGUCCAGCACGAGCUUGAGACUCAAAGGAAUGCCAGCAUAGAAUGGAACAGUAAAAUGAACACCAGAAUUUUUGGCUGGUUCCAGAAGAACACAGAGGAUGCUGACUUCUAACAUAUUGCACUUGGAUUUUAUAUAUAAUUUUCUAGGGGGAAGAACGAAAGAUUUCUUCCUGUAUAUAAACUUUCCAGUGUUUUCCACCUAAAUAGGAGAACCCUUAUUAUAUAUAUAUAUAUAUAAAUAUAUUUUUAUACACAUUUUAAGUACUUGAUUAAAUUUGUAAUAAUUCAGGUUUUUUAAAUUUUGGGUUUAAAUGAAAAGAAUGAUAUCCUAUUCUACAAUGCUUAGUUCAUUUAUAAGUGAUCUGAAACAAAAUGUAUAUAAAAAAAAUUCUGUUUACAAGAAAUCUGUUGAAAUAGUUGAUAUUGCAACUGCUGAUGCCGGUGAUAAUAGGUAAAUAUUUAAUGUGCAGUAGUAGCUUUCUAUGGGAGUUGUUAUGAUAUAAUAGCCCCCCCCCCCUUUGCAAAUGCUAAAAUAGUUGUAGAACUUUUUAAUAUAGGUACUUGUGCUACAGCCACCAGACUCCAGGUGCCAUUGUUAUUUAAUGCCCUGCAGAUAGUGUACUUUAACUAAACAGUAGUGAGUCGUGUAUAAUCCUCUCAAUCAAAAGGACCCUAUAAAAUAAAUUUGGUGUCACUAGAUGUGUAGUAGCUUCAGCCUCCAUUAUAGAGUUUGCACAGGAUCUAGCCCUCUGUCUUUUAAAGCCUAUGGACAAUAUAUUUCAUUUUUAUUAUAUUCCUGUAAAAGCUUUAAUUUAUGCUGCUAUUUAUAACCUUAUAUAAAGUUAACGUAUUACACCUAAACAAGCAAGGCCCUUUUUUUAGACUAUUAUAAUCUGCCAAACCAUAUUUAAAAAAAUAUAUAUAAUAAUUUCAAAGAUAUA